UAAACAUAAGUUUGUUAUGCCCAUUGGGUAUCCUUUUUUCUUUUUUUUUUUUUGAGAUUGUAAUUGUUUUGUUAAAAUUGGGAUUUACUAUAUGUGAUCAAUGAUCUGAAGUGGAUUUGAGAUGUAGCAUGUUUUGGAGUUUCAAACCUUGAUAAUGCUGGAUAACAGUUUUUGUUAUUUAAGAAUCUCUUUUUCUCAUUGUUUUACUUGGUCAUUGAGUUGGUUUCAAUUGAUUUUAGUAUGUGUGUUGUAAAAUAUUUGUUGUUCUUUCUGACAACUUGAUCCACUAUUUAGGUGUUUGGACCUAUGAUAAUCAUGGGAAUCCGCGGCUGGAAACUUCUCAAAUUUUUGUUCUAGGGUUCUUUUAUCUAAUAUAUAUGUGUGUGUGUGUUCAACUCUUAUUGGACAUGGAUUGGCUUGCUGUCUUUAUGGGCUUAUUUUAGAAUAUUUUAUUUUUCAUUCCGAAGAACCAAAAUGCAGAUAUAAUAUGAAAACUAAGUGCAGAUUUGAGCAACUCUACUUUAUUCUUUUCCACCUUGAACUCAAAAAAUUGAAAGUCUGUUUUCUGAUUUGCAGCCCUAAUUUCUUAUCUAAGUAGCAUAUUGUAAGUAGGCACCAAACUAUUUUAAACCAUAUAUGGCACAGUAUUUAAUUAGUGAUUAAGCUUUUGGUUGGGAGGAUGUUUUUAAAAUAACGGAAGGUUUUCUCAAGAUUUAAAAAACUCGAAAUGAGGUUUUUCUAGUAAGAUUAAUAAGAGAUUUAAACCUCCAUUUGGUAGGUUAAGGAGAUUUUCAAAUACCUAAAAGAACUUUACAUUCCUCACUAAUAAUCAUAAAAAAAUAAAAAUAAAAAUAAAAAUAAAAAACUCUAUUAGACCUCUCAAAAAAAAGCCAAGAGAAAAUCAUGGGGUUCUAUGAUGUAGCUUAACAGUUAAAAUCCUAGGUUGUUGGUCAUGGAAACUUUUAUCAUUUUGGGAAUCACUAGGUAUAAAUUCAUGGAAACUAAGGUUGAUCAUGGUGUUAAUUCUUGAUCCUCUAUGGUGAACAUGGUUGGCUGUCCGGUUCUGGUAGUGUUAACUGUGAGUGGACUGAAGGGUGCACUUUGGUUCCAGUUUGGUUUUGGUCAAAUCUUGUUGUUAAUUUUUAAAAGAAAUUUCUUUUUAUUUUUUUAGUGAAUAAACAGAUUUUGGCCAGUGCUGACAGAUUUAGUUAGUUGAAGGCCCUUUUUAUUUUUGUCAAUCCAGGUUUGACAAGUUUUCGGUUCUGGAUUGGACUGGUCUGUUUCCAGUUUCAAACCAGAUCAUGGCCAUGGAUACUCCAUGGUCUAGUAGUAGUAAUAAUUCUUGAACUUAGCACCUGAAAACCAAGAAUUCAAUGAUUUGGAGGCUGAAGCCACAAAUUAGAAUCCAUGAUUUCCAUUUCUUAGAUAAGUAUUUGUUAGGAAUCCCCAACAGAUCUGAUAAUCUCAGUGGUAGUUACUGAGAAUAACAGAAAGAGAAAGAAGAGAGAGAGAGAAAGAAGAAAGGGAGGGAGUUGAGAGAGAGAAAGAGACAGAAAGAGAGGGAGAGAGAAUUUUAGGGGUGAAAACAGUUAGAUUUAUUGAUGAAUGAUUGCCCUGAAUAGGCCUUUCCAGCGGUUCAUAUACAAGUCAGCUGGUUAAAAUAACUGUUCCCGCCAAAACUAUUACUUAUUUCUAUACAUAGUUCUCCUAUAUGUAACAGAAGUCUGCUUAUGAUAAGUAGAAUGUUGUUGGGACUUGUAAUGUGAACUCCAUUAGACUAAACUGUAAUAUCAUAAAUUAUAGUUUUUCGAUAUCCUAGGAACUAAAUUGUGGAAUCGAAGUAAUUGUAACUAUGGCUUUCAUCCAAGGAAAAAAGAAAAACUACGGCUUUCAACUUAAGGCAUUAUUUCCAUUAUCUAAAACUUUUAAAUCUUAUUUUUUGCCUUAGAUCUAACUGCUAGAUUACUAAUAGGUAUGUUCCUAAGUAAGUUGUAUAGGUGUAUAUUUUUAGUUGUAGAUUACUUGUUACCUUUUGUGUAAUUUCAUAGAUUUGGGUGGUUACCUGGUCUGUUUUGUGUAUUUGAUAUAGUAGGUUUUGGGAAAGUUAAGGAUAUAGUCUCUGAUAUAACGUCUGACUAAUCAUGAAGCUAAAAUUUUAAGAAUGUUGAGGUGAAACGAGAAGCAAUCAAGCAACCUCUAGGCGAAGCUGGAGACUUGGCUUUGGGUGAUGUGUCAAGGGCAAAGUUGAGAAAAGAUGCAUGAGAUUUUUUAAGUUACAAGAGAGGGGUGCUUGUUUUUGAGCUCAACAAUGGCAUGAUGCCGCUAUAGUUCACUAGGAAGCUUGAAGAAUUAUGAAUUUUAGGAAUUGUAUUGGAAGGGAGGGAGAAAGAACUACGUAGUGCAACAUCAUAUUAGAAGACUGAAGACGGCGAUUUAUCAAUUCUAACCAUUCCAAAGGGGACAUGAUAUUAUCAUAUGCAAUUAGGCUGCAGAUGUCGGGCAUAUUUAGAUGUUCAACAUCUGAUAUAGUGAUGCAGUAAUAACGUACCAUGUCCUGGCCUUUUUGUUUUUUACGAGACAGCAAGAAUAAAUCACUGCAUGGCUUUUCCCAUGCAUCUACCUGUAACAAAGCGCAUAAUUCCUAUCGAAACAUGUGUGCUUUUUAGUCUUUCAAAAAAAAAAAAAAUUAGGCUUCACCGUAGUGUGGUUGUUUUGUCAAUAUGAUUGCCAUUCUGCUUUACACCUAACUUGCUGCGAGAGGGAACAAAAAAUUCUGAGUUUUUUUGAGUUGGGAAAAAUAAUCAUCCGACUUCGAUUUUGUGGAAUGUGAUAUCUCUUCAUUCUAAUUAGCUAUUCUUUUAUUUAUAUUAAUUUUAACAACAAUUUGUUAUAUAAUAAUGACAGCAUGUUUAACAUUUAAUAAACUUAUAAAUUUGAGUGAACUUAUUCCAUGUGAUCUGCCAGAACAACAGAUUCAUUAUGAAGUCUUCCGACUAUUAUAUUAUAUAUGCUUUAAGAUGGGAAUAAUGGUGAUGGUAUAGUUGCACAUGAAAUGGAAUGUGAAAAUUUAAUUGUGGUCCUUUGAAAUUUUGGAGCUGCAUAAUAACAUUUCCCUUCCUGGCUGGCUGUAUUGCAGUUAGAAUUGUUCAUACUCAGGUUUACCUGUGUUUAAAUAGCACAUCACUAAUUUAGUUUCGGUAAAUAAAUUUACUUCCAUUAAGGCUCGCCUGUUUCACGGAAUUUUUUUUAAAUAAAUGUUUUUCAUAUUUUUUGAAAUUUAAAAUUUUCUAAUUAAAAAAAAUAAUGUUUUUCAUAUUCACUCUUUUCUUGAAAUAAAAAGAAUAUUAAUGUUUUCUUUUUCCAAUUUUUAUAUCGAAUAAGUUAAUACGAGUUGUCCUUACUCUUGAGAAAGAUCUGCCAUGCACAGGUCUCAAGAGCCUUUCUCUAGAAGAAAUAUCCUAGAAAUAAUUAAUCAUAUGUAUAUAUUAUUGUCUCUACUAAUUGUUUAUUUGUGUCCCUCCCAGAAGAGAAAAACAUAUAAAAAUAGAUAAAAUAAAAAAAAAGAGUGAACUACUCAAGGGUAGUUGCACCAGUCACAAGCAUGUUUUUAUGGUUUGAUGGGCACCAAAAGUUCCUAAAAAAACCAUUUGUUUAUUGCUAAGCCUUCCCCCAUAAGGCUUAGGGGUAGUUGUGAAGUUUAAUUAUGACUUGUUUAAAUUUAACACUCUCUCUCAUACAUCAGCCUUCACCCAUAAAAGGGACACUGGAUUUGUAUUGACCAGUAAAGCUACAGCUUUUCUAAAAAAAAACCACCGUUUUGAUUUUCAGCACCACUGAACCAAGAAGCUGUAUUACUGUAGUUUUCAUUCUUUGUUAGGCUGAUGAGAAAUGGGGAACAAAAAUAAAAGAAAGAAUCAAGGCCAAAUCACAAGAGCCUCAUACUUAGGUACUCAUCAUAUCUCCAUGCAUGCUUUGUCAUCAAACUCCAGUUCCACAUGCUAAAUCCUUUUUUUAUUUUUUAAAACCAAAAGGUGGUAUUGCUGAUGCGUGGAAAGAGAAAGUUUCUCCAAUAAGGGGAACAAGGCAAAAGCAACAUUGCUGAAACAUGGCCUCAUGUCUCUAUUAACUUACUAAAUCAACAAGUAGACAUAAAUAAUAAGGUUUUUGCUUAGACAAGACCACAUGCUUCCUUUGUAUAAAAUAACAAUUAGUGACAUAUUCAAACUGCACUAUUGGAAGAAGCUGAACUAAUAUAGCUAGCCUCAUUUGGAAUCUCUUUUUCUAAUGUUUUUUUAGAAUAGUUACUCCAAAUGUAAUUAAGUAGAGCUUGAGAUGACUGCAAAACUAAAACCACCCAAUAGCAAUUCUAAUCAUCUGAGGCACAAAAUUUGGACAUAGCCAAUUGGUUGCCCCAACUUUUUACAACUUUCAUAGUUUCUCAAUUGAUCCAAGAGGUGCUUCAUAAGUGGCUUUAGAGCAUCUCAAAAGACAGGUGGCUGGUGCUCCAAGAAAAGCCAAAUUGAUACUGAGGAAUUAUUCUCAUGUUUCUAUACUCAGAAUUCAAAUUCGAGAUCAAGAUCUUUAAUUGAGGGAAAGAAAUCCGUAGCAUUCCAUCUCACCCCUCGAACGUUGAGAGGUAUCAGUUUUUGAUCGGUAAAUUUAAAUAAAAAGGUCUGUGAAUGGAAAGAAAUUAUGUGCAUUGAAGUUGGAGAUAUUAUAUUCAGUUAGAUGAUAAGUUAAUUUCCUUUAUUACGAGCAAAGAUUUUUGUCAAAUAAUUAUUUUUCUGCUAAGGUUUAACAAUACGCGUGAUUGUCUCGCAUGACUGCUGCUUUAUGAUAAUUAUAUAUAGCACAUAGAGUUCCUUUAUGCGCAUCAUUUCAGUGCAUGUUAUCUUCUCACACAAAAAUUUUCUAAUAUGGAGGAUCAGUUUCCUAAAAUGGAAACCUUCAAGCACGAGGACUUGCCUUGUUGGAAAAGUUUCCAUGGAAUGGCUACAGGAUCCAAAUAUUUUCAUGAUUCCAUCAUUUGGGGAGCUUCAACUGACAUUACUACUUAUCCCGACAAUGGGACUAGUGGCAACAGACCAACAACAAAAUCAUUAAUAGAAAGCUCCAACAUUCCCCAGGAGCUAAGAUUCUUGAAUCCAUCCGAACAAAUGAAUACUACUGAUUCAUUAGGUGAGAAUCAGAGAUUUGAGCCUAUGUGUCUGUUUCCAAAUACUUCGUUUUGCAUGCACCAGCUUGGGCAAAUUCAGGGCCAACCAAGCGAGGAAAGGCUCAAAAUCAAUCCCACAAAAGGCUUCAAUGAUCAUUGGCUUGGCACUACCAAGACGCAGCUGAUGAAAUACACCGGCCGAAGAUUGCAGAACCAGCAUCAUCAGAAGUCGGCAUCGUCACCGGGAAAGUCGUUUAGAGGAGUGAGACAAAGACACUGGGGCAAAUGGGUGGCAGAAAUUAGGUUACCAAGAAACAGGACAAGGGUUUGGUUAGGGACAUUUGACACAGCAGAAGAGGCUGCCGUUGCCUAUGAUACAGCUGCCUAUAUGUUACGUGGAGAUGAUGCACGCUUAAAUUUCCCAGAUCUUAAGCAUCAAACUAAAGCCAAUUCUCUGAAUGGAACAACAGCAGCUCUUCUUGAAGCAAAAUUACACGCCAUUUCUGGUCAGGAGAAGCACAGUAUUCAUAUUGGUCCACCAUCACCAGAGAAGCAUGCACAUGACAAUAACACAAAGCAGCUAAAGGGUUUUGGCCAAAACCCAUCAAGAAAACAGUGGCAAUUUGAGUUGGAGAGCAAAGUUGAAUUUGAUUGUCAAGUGAAUGCGAAGGAGAAUGCUCAGGAGGUUGUAGCAUUUGAUAAGGAUGCUGUUCAGUUAAACAGAAUCCCUUCCUUGGACAUGGACUUGAUCUGGGAUGCUAUGUUAGUUUCUGAUUCAUGACAAAAUACAUUCGCCUUUCACUUUUUAUAAAUUCCCAAAAUGAGUAUAUAUGGUGCUCGAAUUGCCUUAGAUUUGAUAGCUGUUCUAUGUUUAUGCCUUGAAUUGCAUAUUAAUUGAGUUUUUCUUUUAUUAGCUAAAGGAAGCUCAUCAAUAUGUUUCCUUUUUUGCUUAAA